UUACAGUUUUAUAGAUGCAUAAUGUGUCUGUUGGAGUGGAUUAUAGUCCUACAUGUUCCGCAUACGAGACAUUGGGUUUUUCAUUCCGACACUUUGGGAAUGACUCGUGAGCUCGUCUUGCGGCGCUCUGCUUUCAAGGUUGAACGCGUUUUUGUCUGUGACGCGAUGCUCUCGGUAUCAUUGCGUUCUCUGCUCGAGGACGAUCUCCUCGAAUGCAUCGACAUAUCUUCCAUCUGGAAUAUCAUUGGGCGUUCCUCCUUCGUGGCAGGGGCCACAAGCGGCGUGUUGAACAGCAACGCGGUCGUUUGCGUCAGGGAGGUCAACAUAGAUGGCAUCAUUGUUGCAAGUGUUUCGAUGGAGGAUUAUUGGCUGUGGUGAGAGGGUCGGGACGAGGGAGAAUACUGGCCUUUGUACCGCUUCACCCCCGCAGCUAUAUCGUCCAUCGGUCGUCCCGCGUUUGCCGCCGUGGAACGUCA